AUGCCCCGCGACGACGACUUCUACGUUCGCUACUACGUUGGCCACCGCGGCAAGUUCGGUCAUGAGUUCAUGGAGUUCGAGUUCCGCGCGGACGGGAAGCUCCGUUACGCCAACAACUCCAACUACAAGAAGGACUCGAUGAUCCGGAAAGAAGUGACGGUGUCCCAGUCGGUCAUCGACGAGGUCAAGCGGAUCAUUAGCGAUAGCGAAAUCACAAAAGAAGAUGACAAGGAGUGGCCGGAACCAGACCGUGUCGGACGGCAGGAACUGGAGGUCGUGUUGGGUGACGACCACAUCUCGUUUACGUGCGCGAAGAUCGGCUCGCUGCUGGACGUGCAGGACAGCAAGGACCCGGAGGGUCUGCGUGUGCUGUACUACCUGGUGCAGGAUCUCAAGUGUUUGGUGUUCUCGCUCAUCACACUGCACUUCAAGAUCAAACCCAUUCCGUAG